AUGGAGAAAGGCCACUCAGUCCCUUUCACCUCCUCCGAGGGGCCCUUCUCCAGUGAGGAUGGCAGUAUCCAGAUCGACUACGCUGCCGAGCAAAGACUGGUGCGGAAGUUGGAUCGUGAACAUCGGCAAUGCACGGUUGGUAUUCAUCGUUCCCACAUCCCGAAGUCAUCGCUGAGGGUCAUGAGGCUGUACGGGCUGGAAGCCGACCUAGGUCUGCAUGGAAACCAAUUCCAGAUCCUCGUCUCGGUACUCUUCGUCACUUACAUUACCUUGGAGCUUCCAUCCAACCUUGUCGUCAAGAAAAUUGGUCCAUCGAGAUGGAUUUCCUUCAUAGCCCUGUCCUGGGGUCUCGUGGCUACGUUUAGCGGGUUUGUGCAGAACUUUGGAGGCAUGCUCGUGUGUCGCUUGCUGUUGGGUGCCUUUGAAGGUGGUAUGUUCCCGGGGGUGGUCGUUUACCUCACAUUCUUCUAUACCAAAAAGGAACUGGCCUUGCGGAUUGGCUACCUCUUCACGUGUGCCGCUUUGGCCGGGGCAUGUGGAGGGCUUUUGGCGUAUGCAAUUAGCUUUCUGGACGGUGUCGGUGGACACCGAGGUUGGCGGUGGAUUUUGUGGCUCGAAGGGGCGCCAACCGUUUUGUUGGCCAUCGCUUUCUGGGCCUUGAUUGCCGACGAACCUUCCACGGCCAAAUAUCUGACAGCCGAGGAGAGAGCCAUGGUGGUGGCACGUCUUAACCGCCAGCCCGGGAUGACCAAAUCGGCCAAAGAACUGCACUGGAAAGAUGUCAGAGAAGGUCUACUGGACUGGAAGGUCUGGGUCUUUUCUUUGGCUCAAUUUGGUGUCGAUGUCGCCCUCUACGGCUUCAGCACAUUCUUGCCAACCAUUAUCAGGGGUAUUAUGCCCAAGGCCACGAGCGCCGUUGUCCAGGCUCUCACCAUUCCGGUUUAUUCGCUUGGAGCCAUCACAUACCUGAGCGUGGCCAUCGUGUCCGACCGACAACAGCGGCGUGGACUUUACUGCGUCAUCUUUGGUACGGUCUCCAUCACUGGUUAUUGUAUGCUCAUCUCGGAUGGCGGGAGCGCUGUUCACUACGCAGGAUGCUUCCUGGUGGCUUGUGGAAUGUAUUGUGUCAUCGGCCUCCCGCUCGCUUGGCUGCCUUCGCACACUCCACGUUAUGGGAAACGUACGACAACCAUCGCCCUUCAAGCCAUGAUUGGCAACAGUGCGGGCAUUCCGUCCAGCUUUCUAUAUCCGGCGACCGAUGCCCCACGUUACAUCAAGGGACAUGCCGUUACCCUUGCCAUGGUCGCGUUUGGGACGCUCAGCUUUGCUUUCAUGUGGGGUUACUACUCUGCAGUCAACAAGAGUAGAGCAGCAGGCAAGCAGGACCACAAAGUUGCCGGGCUGUCAGACGACGAGAUCGAGGAGCUGGGCGAUAACAACCCUCGUUUCAGAUACAUCACCUAA